UUUUUUGGGUUCCUACUACCUCACCUCCAUCCUCCUCUUCUUCCCCACUCCUUUUUCUCUUCUCAUCUCCCUUUUUCUACAACCAUGGCUGGUUUAUACAACCACAACUUCUCCCCUGCAAGAGUUCUCUCCCCACAGAUAAGGAGCACACAAGAUAUAGGCAGUCAAUACUUGGCUGAGCUAUUAGCAGAGCAUCAAAAGCUUGGGCCUUUCAUGCAGGUUCUUCCAAUAUGUAGCCGCUUGUUGAAUCAAGAGAUCAUGAGAGUCUCGGGAAUGACCCCAAACCAUGGAUUUGGGGACUACGACAGGCUGCAACGGGGAAGCCCGAGUCCGUUGUCUUCAUCGAAUCAUAUGUCGAAUCUUAAUGGGAACGGUUUUUCUGAUUGGAGCGGCCUCCCCCAGGAGAGGCUAGGUUUUCCUCAAGGAAUGAAUAUGGAAUGGCAAGGAGGAGCACCGCCAAGCCCGAGUUCCUACAUUGUGAAGAAGAUUCUCCGAUUAGAAAUUCCGGUGGACGCUUACCCAAAUUUCAAUUUUGUCGGACGGCUUCUCGGGCCAAGGGGAAACUCGCUGAAGAGAGUCGAAGCCUCUACCGGUUGUCGCGUUUACAUUAGAGGAAAGGGCUCGAUAAAAGAUCCUGGCAAGGAGGAUAAACUAAGGGGUAGACCUGGUUAUGAACACUUGAAUGAUCCACUGCAUAUUUUGAUUGAGGCCGAGUUACCUGCCAAUGUUAUUGAUGCAAGGUUGAGACAAGCACAAGAAAUUAUAGAAGAGCUGCUAAAACCAGUGGAUGAAUCACAGGAUUACUACAAGAAGCAGCAGCUGCGAGAACUGGCUAUGCUAAACUCGAGUAUGCGCGAGGAGAGCCCCCACCCGAGCGGCAGUGUUUCUCCGUUCGGCAACAGCGGCAUGAAACGGGCAAAGACGGGGCGGUAGAGAGUCACCUUUCCUUACCUGGAAAUCUUCAAGAAUCUACCUGUGCAAAUCCAUGCAUGCGGAUCGUUGAGCUUCUUGAUACUAAAGAAUGCAUGGAGUGGGACUCCAUAACUAGCUAAGGUGAGUAGUGGAAAUCUUUUCUUGACGGGGUCGAAAUCUUCAUGGUUUCAUGAGUCCUGGUAGUGUUCUUGUAAUCCUACAACAUUCAUUCUAUUCGUUUUCUACUGUUAACUAUGAUCUACAUGAACUUUCAAAAAUAAAAAAAAAAGGAAAAAAAAGAAAAGAAAAGAAAAAGAGAGACUACUAUCUAUAUGUUAUGGAUAGGAGAUCUUCUGACAAAUAUGAACAACACUGAGAGUUACUGCCUUUUUUUUUUUUUGUUAUUUAAUCGACUUUAUGUAUGUUAGAGUGUAACUUCUGGACAAUUGACUACUUAGCUAAUUGCGAGUAUUUGCUUUGCUUAUGUAAUGA